GUUUCCUCUCAUGCUGAAACAAGAAUAACAAUAGAAGGAAGACAAUUUAGAUAUGCCUCCAAAAUUGAAGCCCUUGCCCCCAAGAUUUAAUAUAUACCCGCGGACCCCAACCGAGGAUCCUUCCGAUGAGAUCACGGUCGGCAAUCUUCGUGUGAGUCCAAACGGCGUCGAGUUCAUCGGGGAGGCAGACCUGCACGUCCCUCGGCCGGAUCUCAACAUCGAUAACAUGCGUUGGAUCUGUCGUCUUGGGCAGGGAACGCAGGGAAACGUCUUUAAGUACAUGACCCCUGACGGCUCCGUCUUCGCAGUCAAGCGGAUUAUCAUCUCGACGGCGUCUAAAAACCACAUCUACCAAACGGUCGCCUCGGAGCUGCGGAAUAUCUUUUCGAACGUCUCCAACCCGUAUAUGGUGGAGCUGUAUAAUGCGUUUUACCGCAACGCGACCCUACGCCUCGUCAUGGAGUACAUGAACUGGGGAAGCCUGCAGGAGUUGCUAGCUCAACAAGAGCGGAUUUCGGAAACGAUAUGCGCCUACAUAAUAUCCCAGGUUCUGCGUGCCUUAGAGAUAUUGCACAAGAAGUCCAACAUUCUAACCGAAACGAAUCCGGAUAAAGGCCGGUAUCAAAUUCACCGCGAUAUUAAGCCUUCUAAUGUGCUCUUGUCAACGAACGGGAACGUCAAGCUCGCCGAUUUCGGUAUCGCGACAAGCGCAGAGACGUUCGGCGCGCAUUCCUUUGUGGGAACGGCCACGUAUAUGAGCCCGGAGCGCAUCCAAGGGCAGCGCUACGGCACCUCCAGUGAUAUCUGGAGUGUCGGGGUGGUAACAGGGCAGAUUCUUUUAGGCGUGUACCCUUUCACCACAAGCAACAUAGGCUUUAUGGCGCUGCUGCGAAAAAUCACCACGGUAGAAUCGAUCGACGUCGUGGAAGGGGCCGGAUGCUCACAUAAAGCGCAGGAGUUUAUUGAUCAGUGUUUGCGGCAGCUUCCAUCGGAACGUAGUACUGCGACAGAGCUGUUGCAGAUGCCAUGGGUUACAGAAAAUGAGGUCAACGGGAAGGAGAAGCUUGUUGAAUUGUUAGAACAGUUAGGUAACGCAAAUGACCAAGACGCCAAUAUGCAAUGACAGGAACUUAAACAACGGCGAUUUGAGCAGCGAUGAUAAAUGUAUACUUUGUACUAUAAAAACAAACGACUAAAUGGCAGACAAAAGAAGAACUAUUUGAUGAGAGCAAACGGGUGGGAAGAGUAUAAUUUACAUACCCAAAAUAUUUGAUAGAUAGAAGGUAAAUAUUAUAAAAACGCAGAGAUUGGAUUUAUUUUCAUGUUUACCUUUUCUAUACCCUUACCUAGCGUUCUUUAGUUUCGUUUUUUAGUGUGGAUCUAUUUCCUUGUUCGAUUACUAAUGGCUAGUAUUAGUUAAAUCUUUUGUCUUUAUGCGUAUCUAUGGGGGUUGCAUACUUUGUUUUCUGCUCUUCUUCCA